GACAAUAAGCACUUCCACUCCUACUACAUAUAAAUUUUCAAACCACAACCAAUUCUUUAAAUACAUCAAAAUGGCCGACAACCAGAACCCCGGUAACUUCGCCAACCGCCCCCACGAGGAGGUCGAGAACAUCGCCCGCAAGGGCGGCCAGUCCAGCCACAGCGGCGGCUUUGCCAGUAUGGACUCUGAGAAGCAGCGCAACAUCGCUUCCCAAGGUGGUCACGCCUCCAGUGGUAGCUUCCAGCCUGGCGAUGAGCGUGCCCGUGAGGCAGGACGCAAGGGCGGCAAGGCUACUGGUCACCACGAGCCUGAGGAAUAAGGGUGUUCGUUAUGCAUCCAGAAAUGUGAUACGAUCUGACGAUUGGGCCAUGCACUUCCACUCAUGUACUAUAUGAUGCUUUAAUGCAUGAAUAACUUGCUUCUUACUGUAUUAGUACCAUAGUUAUGCAUCCAAUGCAGAACACAAGCAAUGGAUGUUGAACGAAUGACUUCAUAUAACAAACUUAACAAACU